UUUAUAGGAAGUGAAGUUCCCCGUCGCCCCGCCGCCGCCACCGCGAUGCAUUCUGGGAACAGCCAGUAUAUCCAAGAUGGCGGCGAGCAGGAGGCUGCACAAGGAACUUGAAGAAAUCCGCAAGUCUGGAAUGAAAAACUUCCGUAACAUCCAAGUUGAUGAAUCAAACAUUUUAACCUGGCAAGGUCUUAUUGUUCCUGACAAUCCCCCCUAUGACAAAGGAGCAUUCAGAAUUGAAAUAAUUUUUCCCGCUGAGUACCCAUUUAAGCCCCCUAAGAUCACAUUCAAAACAAAGAUCUAUCACCCCAACAUUGAUGAGAAGGGCCAAGUAUGCCUGCCUGUCAUCAGUGCGGAGAACUGGAAACCAGCUACAAAAACUGACCAAGUAAUUCAGUCGCUCAUCGCCCUGGUGAAUGACCCUCAGCCCGAGCACCCACUGAGGGCUGACCUAGCGGAAGAAUACUCAAAGGACCGUAAAAAAUUCUUUAAGAAUGCAGAAGAGUUUACAAAGAAACAUGGCGAAAAGAGACCGGUGGACUGAUACUUGACGAGUGUGUCUCCUCCCACCCUCUCCUAGCUCCCUUCUCUGUUCCCCACCCUCCCCUAUCUCUACCUCCUCCCGUUUCGCUCACACAAACACACACACACACACACACACACACACCAUAUUUUCGCAGACAUGGAGCAGCCCAGUCCUCCUGAACGUCGACCUCGAAGCAGGACUCUGUGGAUCAGAUCUGGCCCAGCCCCCUGUGUCAGCCUGACGGCCUUUUUAAUGUCCCACGGGAGGAUGGAUUGAGAGUAACCUGUUAAGAUGUGGGGUGGGGGGGUAUAUGGAAAAAAACAUUUAAGCUUAAAUGUCCACUCUCAUUCAUUCAACAUUACUGCUUGAUGAUAUAAACCUCCAGUGCAACAUUUAUGUCAUAUCACCAAGACUCUGCCCUUUCGUAAGAAAAAUCAGUUUUUCUUUUUCUUCUUCCCUGACUUUAAUCUUUUCUCCUCUUGUCCUCUCAGAAAGCUGUCUUAGGGAAAACAAAAGCUAAGUUAACAAACAGAUGCAAGUUGCAACAUCCUGGAGUGAUCCCUCAUAUCUUUUCCUUAUGAAGUUGCACUGUGUUCAGCUGAACGAGACUUUUUAAGUUCUUUCUUUCUUACUUUCAGUUUGUAACACUGAUCAAUAAAAAUACAGCCUAGUCCCUGGUGUUGCUACCAUAUGGUAAUGUUUCAGAUUGAUAAAAAGGAAGAAAUUACAUUGUGUCUGAUUUUAAUAUGAUUUUUAAAAUAUAUAAAUAACACUGCUUUUCACGGUUCUGUUUGGCUUACCAUCAUCAUCAUCAUCAUGUCUUCACAGUGGACACAGAAGACCUUUGUGGUUUUCUUUCCUGCUGCUUGUUAUCAGAGACGAUUCAGAGUUCGGUAUCGCUUUGAAAGCAUAACCAGGUUAAUAAGUAAAUUAUAUUUUAGAAAUUUCCUUUUUUUAAUCUCCAGAGUGAUAUAGAUAUAGAAAAUAAACUCACCAGAUUAGUUAAACUAAAAUAUAUUUUUUACUUGCAAUGCAACUCAAGUUUCAGCUCUUAACAUUAGACAUGCAUGCUUGGUCUAUAAGGUUAUUUGCAUAACUGUUUAAGGUUAUUUAAGACUGUAAAGCAUAGGUAGCAAACUGUAAUUCACUGCUGAAGCAUAACGAGACAGCUUGCCGUUGUAUAUUUAAUGGUGGCCAGUUUUAUUUAUUUUGCGGAUAUCACAGUAAUAUAUUUAUUGAAUUGGAUUGCGUGUACUGUUAACUGAACGUUUAAGUCCUGAUGCUCAAGGCGAUCUUUCGUUAACUGAUCCCAGUACAUCUUUUUUUUUUUAAAUGCAAACCCUUAAAUCCUGCUUUUUAUUAAACUGAAAAGCCCCUUUUUGGUUUGUAUUUACUUGUCUUCUAUAGCAAUAUGUCUGUAUAGCUACAUGUAAGAGAAAAUGUCCAGCCAAUCAUAAUGAGCCAUCCACUGCAACAGGGUGUAGUGUUGAACUCGGCAUACAGUAGCUUCAGCAUAUAGAUAUAUAUCUAAUAUAAAAACGGAUACGUAACCUAGGAGGUGCUGUUCAGGGUGGCAUUCUGAGAAACUUGAGUAUAAUGACCAUGUAGCAUGGCUCAUUUUUUGAUAAUGAAGCAGGCUAACUAUUUGCCAGUUGUCAUACUUUUGGCCUGUAAGAAUAGCCUUUAUCUCAGCUGAUGCAGGCUAGCGUGCUGCUCUUCCAGCCCGUACAAGAAUCCCCUGAUGAAGUGCAAGUGGAGAACCGUGGACAUGGGUGUAAACUGCAGAGGGAGGGAUAAGUAGUCAAAUAAUGAGCUGAAUCCAAAGCAACAUGCAUUGAAGGAAGUAUGAAUAAGAUUUGGGGCAGCGCAUGCCGGACACCCUCCACAGUACUCGAGAGGAGGAAUUAAUCACUUUUUGUGUGCAUCAUUCAUUUUCUGUGGAUAAUACCCAUAAUACCUAUGUUUGUGUCAUUGGGUAUGCAGUUCAUAAGCAAAAAGGUGGGAAUCUAGAAGCGUUUGCACAGUUCAUCGUUCUGCACUCCAAAGGCAUCACUCUUUCUCAUGUUUAUUCAUUAUUUUCAUUUGCCCAAAAGCAGAUAUUCACUUUUUUCCUAUUGCCUGCACGCUGUCUCGUUUUGCUUCUUAACAUUUUCAAAAACUGUAUAAACCUGACAUUCUGUUUUCAUUCUGAAUAAAUGGAACAAUUGGCAUAUUUGAAUCAUGCAGAGAUAGGGAUUUCAGGGAAACCUAACCCAGUGUUAAGUGCUUAUGUGCAUUAUAAUGUUUUAAAAAAUAAGAUGUUCCAAAUAAAAGUAAUCAAAAAGCAGUUAACAUGCCAAGGAUUGAGUUAGGGCUGCUGUAUACAGAGAGGAGGAAUUGGUGUCUCCUGUGGAUAGGUGGACCCCAGUGACUGCAUUUCUUGAGGAUGUGUAUGGUGCAAGCCUGCCACUUGGGGGCAGCAUCCAUCAACUGCCAGUACCAGAAAUUCCAACACAAACUUAACAUCUGAAUCUUCAACAUUCAAACCUUAUUAAAGUCUGACUUAUAAUUAA